AUGGCGAGCGGUCCGGAGGAGGAGAGAGUGAGGCCGGGGGUCGAGGACGAGGACGACGACGAGAGCCCACAGCUGAGCGCGGCGGCUGCGCUGGCUCUGCGGGAGUUCCUGGAGCAGCGAGUCGAGGGAGAAAAGGAUGUGGAGCUGGUCGCGGAGGACUGGCGGCUGAGCCAGUUCUGGUACGACGACCGCACCGCGCGGGCGCUCGCGGCGGAGGUCGCCCGCCUCGCCUCCGGCCUGCCCGGCGCCGCCGCCGUGGCCUGCGUCGCGUGCCCGACGCUCUACGCCUACCUCAAGAAGGGCAGCCCGGGCGUGCCCGCGCGGCUGCUGGAGCACGACGAGCGGUUCGGGCGGUACGGCGCCGACUUCACCUUCUACGACUACAACCGGCCGGAGGAGCUGCCGCCCGGCAUGAGGCACGCCUACCGGAUCGUCGUCGCCGACCCUCCUUACCUGAGUCAGGAGUGCUUGGAGAAGGUUGCUAAGACGGUGUCGUUUCUCGCGCCGCCUGAAGGCUCGUUCCUGCUCUUACUCACAGGGGAAGUUCAGACGGACCGCGCGCUGGAGCUCCUAGACGUGCGCCCCUGCGGUUUCAAACCUCAGCACUCGAACAAACUGGGAAACGUGUUCCGCCUGUUCACGAACUACGAUCCUGCAGACAGGCUCGGUGGCUGGGACCGUAGCGCCGGCGCCUCCAUUUAGCUCUGCUAAUUUUUUCCGUGGCUCUGUGUACAUGCUUGCUUAGAAACAGAACAUGAUAUGGCAGUCACGGAGUUGUUUAUCCUGAUGAUGUGCUCAUAUGCUGCAUCUUUUUGUCUGAUAGACUAGAACUUUGUCAACGUUUGUGUUUGAUAAAUCUGGCUGCUGCCAUGUAUUAUGAUAACCAAACUCUCCACAAGUGUACCUGUUUUAGGGCAAUCGGUUGCAU